UUUAGUGCUUAACGUUCAUGUUGAUUUCCACUUUUAAAAUACAUUUUUAGGUUCUCAUUCAAAACAAAAGUAUAGACGAUUGAAGUAUGAAUUUCAAAAAUAUAUUUUGCCUUCUGGAAAUAACGUUUGUUACAAUGUUGGUAAUAAAUUCAGCUGUUGAUGGAAUGGACGGUGUACAUAAUGAGAUUCAACAUCCAGCCAAACCAACUCAACAUGUACCCUUUCGUCAGCCACCAAACCCAGGUGUACAUAAUGAGAUUCAACAUCCAGCCAAACCAAGUGUACAUAAUGAGAUUCAACAUCCAGCCAAACCAAGUGUACAUAAUGAGAUUCAUAAUCCAGCCAAACCAACUCAACAUGUACCCUAUCGUCAGCCACCAAACCCAGGUGAAAGCAAGUCUAGCUGCUGCCCGACGAUGUAGAAACGAUAGUGGAGUACCAAGUGAAACUGGAUACCAUACACUUCAAAGCUCCGGGUCACAUUCUAAAUUAUAUGCUUUAUGUAAUCUUUUCUUAUGUCAAUAACGUCUUGUACUGUAAUUCGUUAAUUUCUUUAUUGUUGUUAUCGAAUUUUCCAUUUUCUACUAAUAACUUGUUUCACAUAAUAUUAUAUGUUUUUAACCGUUUAUUUAUUAUUACAUA